AUGGCUGAACCACGUCCCAUCAGACUUGCGGUCCUUGGUGGAGAUGCUACUGGUAAAUCUUCACUCAUCUCCAGAUUGACGGUCAAUAUCGUAAGAGAAGUGCAUUAUCCUACGAGAGAACAAACAAACUGGUUAUUUGAUUUUAGUCCACGUUCUAAUUUGGGUAGAACAUUACUAGAUAGACAGGCCCAUGGAAGGCUAAUGAAUAGAACUCAGGGAAGUCAAGCUCCACAACCCAUCUUUAACUCACCUUCAAUUUCACCCCAUGUAAUACUAUCACCGCUCGUAUUUCAAUCAUUUAUCAAUGAAUUCACUCAAGUGAAGACACAGUUCCAAAGUCGUUCAACUAACCAAAUUAGACAUUCACAUCUGAAGAGUAAGGAUACCAGUAUGUAUGAGUACUUGGAACCACAAUCGGAGGAACUAAAAACUGUGAAUACUCUGACCAAUUCAGAUGUUAAUAUAUUGAGAUCAUGGUCAUCAGCAAAUUCGAAUGUAAGUGAUGCACCACCAGUUCAAGACACUAUAUCACUACCUGUGAAUUAUAUACCACCGACUUAUACCUCGAUACCAAUUGAUAUUAUAGAUACUCCAGGUUUCAAACCAGAAAUGGUGGUUCCAUUUCUAGAAGUAUCAUUGUUUACCCAAUUGGACAAGAGGGUACUUAGAGGAUUGGCUGAUGGACCUAGGCAUCCAGUUUCCACUACAUCUAUGCUAGUGGCAUCAGGAGCUUCUGAAUUGAAUGCGAGAAUUGAUGGGUACAUCUUUGUAUACAGCGCUGUGCCUGAAUUAAAUCAUGGGGCCGACCCACCAGGCUAUGAAGACACAAUGGAAAAUACACCAGAUCAAGCUGCAUCUUCCACGAAUCACGCCCUUUGGUCUAAUUACAACAAAUUGUCCGAUGGUGGAUUUUCACUACUAGAUAUUAUAAGAAAUUGCUUUCUAGAUGCAUGGACGGAAUUUAGAAAUUAUGAAAACCGUUGGGAACAAGGUAAAGAGAGGGAUAUUUAUUCUCUGGUUUACAAUUUCAAGAAUUUGUGGAGGACUGAACAUAAUAGUGGUAAGAAGUUGAAAGAACUACGGUCAUUUAAUCACAAACUGAGAUCAAUCGAUUUGGAUCCAUCAUCACCAGCGUCACCACCACCAUUUUUGAUCGUCUGUACGCAUGCCACUGAUCAUAUGGCUAGUCCAAAACUAAUUGAAUGGGGCCGUACUUUGGCUACACAAUGGAAGUCAGGAUUUAUCGCUCUGGAUAGCAUGGAUGAUUAUAACGUGGAUGUUGCCAUCAGUUUGAUUCUUCGGGAAAUUGUUGAGAAGGAGAAGUUAACUUCCAGUUAA